GAGCCUGCAGCCCUAGCGGUCGCAGAAGUAGGGUUGUCGCCGGUCAUCAACAAUCCAAAUGAACUCCUACGACCCACAAGAUACGGCUUCUGAACAGCAGGAGGAAACCGUUGCGCUGAAAGGCCACUUCUACGGUGUCUAUUUGCUAUGCAGUCAGAGCCUGGAUCCUCGUUUCCGAGGAAAGUGCUACGUGGGAUUCACCGUGAACCCGAAACGGCGGAUACGCCAACACAAUCUUGGUUGUGACUUCGGCGGCGCCAGGAAAACCAGCCGCAGAGGGCCCUGGCUGAUGGUAAUGAUCGUGCACGGAUUUCCCAAUAAUACAGUGGCCCUACAGUUUGAAUGGGCCUGGCAACAGCCCUCGCUUUCCACCAGGCUUAAAAUGUACCCUGAAUUAAAACGAAAGCUGCCCAGGGAGACGUUCUUUGACUACAACUUUAGGAUCCUCAGUCAUAUGCUGGGAGUUGGCCCUUGGAAUAGAUUACCACUCUCCGUUCGCUGGCUAGAAACGGAUUACGAAAGACCAUUCAACAUGCCACUUCCUAACCACAUGGAUAUUGUGAGUGGGAAGGUUUCCAUUAGCGCCUCGCAACGUAAGAGAACUGAUGAUGCAGAAGUUCCUCCACCUGUGGCGUGGGCUUCCGAGUGUCACCUUUGUAUGCAGCAAAUCGAGCAACCGGAGAGAUCCCGCCUAGGAUGCACAAAUCAAAUGUGUCGGCUAACGUGCCAUAUGAUGUGCCUGGCCAAUUACCUUCUGGGCGACGAGCCAGGUCACUACAUCCCAGUUGGAGGACAGUGUCCGCUCUGUGAGAACCGCCUCAGCUGGGCAGCCCUUCUGCAGCGUAAACGUCUUCUGUUGGGCGUGCCUAAGGAACUGCGGGAUUAUGAUGAGGAUCUGAUCGAAGAUAUUGAUGUGGACAGUAACAUUGAAGAUACCCCGUAGGUCUGCGAUUAGUUAUAGACCGAAAUGUGUUUUAUUCAGAAUGCUAUAUAUUGCAUAAGCUAAAACGUUUGUUAAAGUAUCUGGGGAAGCACCGAUUUAAUGCUCUCUUAGAAGUAAACAUUUUGACUAAAUUCUAAACAAAUAUUCCCCAUUUACAAUACUGAGUAUCAUUUUAAAAAUUUCGAUAUUUUUUCACAGAUUGUUUAGACCACUUAUCAAGUCACUACUAGUUAGAGGAAAAUAAAAAUAACCAU